UUUGUGAAAUGAAUGCGUGGUGACGUAGUCAAAUGUCCGGUGUACAAAUAUCUUCGUCCGCCAUCACAGAUUUCAUUUCCGCUUGUGACGAUGGAAGGUACGCGCGUGUGAAUUGCUUGUGCCGGAAAAUGGCGGAUAACCACUCUGGGACUGGUUAUUCCACCCCAUUCCUUCAGAUUUUCCUUUAAUCCGCUGUUAAGAAGACUUGAAAGAUGUAUUUGUACAAUCUGACCCUCCAGAGGGCCAGUGGGAUUACCCAUGCAGUCCAUGGGAAUUUCAGUGGUGGGAAAGUCCAAGAAAUCCUUGUGUCACGAGGGAAAUCCCUAGAGUUGCUACGCCUGGAUCCAUCCUCUGGGAAAGUCCACACGCUCCUGACUGUAGAAGUCUUCGGCGUCAUCAGAUCAUUGAUGGCUUUUCGCCUGACAGGAGGCACCAAAGAUUACAUUGUGGUCGGAUCGGACUCGGGACGUAUUGUGAUCUUAGAAUAUAUGCCUUCGAAAAAUCUCCUAGAGAAAGUUCAUCAAGAAACAUUCGGAAAAAGCGGAUGUCGGAGAAUCGUUCCUGGACAGUAUCUAGCAAUUGACCCAAAAGGAAGAGCUGUCAUGAUAGGAGCAAUUGAAAAGCAGAAAUUAGUUUAUACUUUGAACAGAGACGGACAAACUAGGCUCACGAUCUCAUCGCCAGUAGAGGCACACAAAAGUAACACACUAGUCUACCAUAUCGUUGGUGUGGAUGUCGGCUUCAAUAAUCCAUUCUUUGCAUGUUUGGAAAUAGAUUAUGAGGAAGCUGAUGUGGACCCAACCGGAGAAGCUGCCAUGAAAACUCAGCAGACUUUGACCUUCUACGAACUUGAUCUCGGAAACAACAAUGUUGUAAGGAAGUACAGUGAACCGCUAGAAGAACAUGCAAACUUCCUAAUAUCCGUUCCCGGUGGGAAUGAUGGUCCCAGUGGUGUCUUAAUUUGCUCAGAAAAUUACCUCACCUACAAGAACCUAGGAGACCAGCAUGAUAUUCGGUGUCCGAUUCCCAGAAGGCGGAAUGACUUGGACGAUCCUGAACGAGGAAUGAUCUUCGUCUGUUCAGCAACACACAAAACCAAGUCCAUGUUCUUCUUCCUCCUGCAAACGGAGCAAGGUGAUAUCUUCAAGGUCACGCUGGAUGUGGAUGAUGAUGUAGUCACAGAGAUUAAGUUGAAGUAUUUUGACACUGUCCCUGUCGCAACUUCUCUCUGUGUACUUAAAACUGGAUUUCUGUUCGUUGCAUCAGAGUUUGGAAACCAUUAUUUGUAUCAAAUCGCUCAUUUGGGAGAUGAUGAUGAUGAGCCUGAAUUCAGCUCUGCAAUGCCGCUCGAGGAAGGAGACACAUUUUUCUUCGCACCCAGAGCACUGAGAAAUCUGGUCCUAGUGGAUGAACUGGAGUCGCUCUCUCCCAUCUUAGCAUGUCAAGUCAUCGAUUUAGCCAAAGAAGACACACCGCAAUUGUACAUGGCUUGUGGUAGAGGCCCACGGUCCUCAAUUAGGGUUCUCAGACACGGGUUAGAAGUCUCCGAAAUGGCUGUCUCUGAACUGCCCGGUAGUCCCAAUGCUGUCUGGACUGUGAAACGAAGAGCUGACGAGGAGUUUGAUGCAUACAUCAUUGUGUCCUUCGUGAACGCUACUCUAGUGUUGUCGAUCGGUGAAACGGUUGAAGAAGUUGCUGACUCCGGGUUCUUAGGAACAACACCAACUCUAUCUUGUUCUGCCCUUGGUGAUGAUGCGGUUGUACAGGUCUAUCCUAUGGGUGUACGUCACAUUCGAGCCAACAAAAGAAUGCAUGAUUGGAAAGUCCCAGGGAAGAAACAAAUUGUCAAGUGCGCAGUCAACCAGCGGCAGGUUGUGAUCGCUUUAACUGGCGGAGAACUUGUUUACUUUGAGUUGGACCCUUCUGGUCAACUGAAUGAGUGUACAGAAAGGAAAGAAAUGCCAUCAGAUGUUCUUUGUAUGGCGCUUGGAAACGCACCAACCGGUGAACAGUUAUCAAGGUUUUUGGCUGUUGGCCUUGCAGAUAACACUGUCAGAAUUAUUUCCCUCGAUCCCACGAGGUGUCUAGCACCGCUCAGUAUGCAGUCUCUUCCAUCAGUCGCAGAAUCAAUGUGUAUCGUCGAAAUGGGUGCCAGCGAUGGUGGAGGAUCCGCCGAUGAACCAGCUGGGCCUACAUCAAUUGGUGCCCUAUACUUAAAUAUUGGCCUCCAAAACGGCGGUCUCCUUCGUAACGUCUUGGACCCAGUCACUGGUGAUCUGUCCGAUACGAGGACAAGAUACCUUGGAACAAGGCCUGUCAAACUGUUCAGAAUCCGGAUGCAAGGAGGCGAAGCGGUACUCGCCAUGUCAAGCAGAUCGUGGUUAAGUUAUUAUUAUCAGAAUCGUUUCCAUCUAACGCCUCUCUCUUACGAAAGUUUGGAGUAUGCCUCUGGAUUCUCUUCGGAGCAGUGUCCAGAAGGUGUGGUUGCCAUCUCAACGAACACCUUGAGAAUUUUGUCGCUAGAGAAGUUGGGAGCUGUUUUUAACCAGGUGUCUUUUCCAGUCGAGUAUACCCCUCGUAAAUUUGUUGUUAGACCAGAAACCUCACAUCUUAUAAUUGUGGAGACAGAACACAAUGCGUAUACCGAAGAAACAAAACAGCAAAGGAGGCUUCAAAUGGCUGAGGUUUGAGGCGGGAGGAACUGAUCUUGAAUUAGUUCACAAAACACCUAUCGAUGGAGUUCCUCAGGCGCUGUGUCCUUUCCAAGGUCGACUGCUUGUUGGUGUCGAUCGACUGCUGCGGCUGUAUGAUCUCGGAAAGAAAAAAUUACUUAGAAAAUGCGAAAACAAGCACAUUCCCAACCUAAUAGUGAACAUCCAAGCAAUUGGUCAUCGAGUUUUCGUAAGUGAUGUCCAAGAAAGUGUCUACAUGGUUCGUUACAAGAGACAAGAAAACCAGCUCAUCAUUUUCACUGAUGACACGCAGCCCCGCUGGAUCACGACUUCCACCGUCCUCGACUACAACACAGUUGCUACUGCUGAUAAAUUCGGGAACAUAGCUGUUAUUCGGUUACCAAGUUGGGCGACAGAUGAUGUGGAUGAAGACCCUACUGGAAACAAAGCUCUAUGGGAUAGAGGUCUUCUGAAUGGAGCGUCACAGAAAGCUGACUUUGUAGCUAGUUUUCAUGUUGGAGAGAUUUGCAUGUCCUUGCAGAAAGCAACACUCAUUCCUGGAGGUUUUGAAUCGUUAGUAUAUACGACUCUGUCUGGCACCGUAGGUGUUCUAGUGCCCUUCACUUCCCAUGAAGACCAAGAUUUCUUCCAACAUCUCGAGAUGCACAUGCGAUCAGAGCACCCACCUUUGUGUGGCAGAGACCAUCUUUCCUUCAGAUCAUACUAUUAUUCAUUGAAGAAUGUUAUUGACGGAGAUCUAUGUGAGCAGUACAAUUCUAUUGAUCCAGCCAAACAGAAAAGUAUUGCAGAAGAUCUUGGAAGGACGCCAAGCGAAGUUUCAAAGAAAUUGGAAGAUAUCAGAACCCGAUUCGCCUUCUGAACUGCUCAUAUCCGACCCUUUUAUCUCCUUAAUCCUGUUCCUUAUUACGUCGUCUGUGUAUAUAUUGUAAUAUGCAAGUGUAAAUUUGUUACCUUAGUUUGCAAAGCAAAGAUUUUACAAUGUUCACCAAUCCCUUUCCCUUUUGUUGAAACCACGAUAAAUCCUUGUCUGCUCAUCAGCUGUUGGAGCUGUUGAGAGUCAAUGAGAUCACGUCCACUUAUCUGCUUGAGGAUUUUUUUUCCUAAAUUCACCCUGCGAAGAAGAAUGUAGACCUUACUUCUCGGCAAGCACAAAUGAGCGCUAAUUCAAAACACUGGAUCAUCGUUGGAGAUUCGUUGCUGAUAACCUAAAAUGAGAAGAAUUAAAAAUGCCAUUGUUGAUAAUUUUAGCUUUGUUUCUCACUAUUGAUUGACAGUACCAAUCUUGCAUUUCAUGUGUGAUUUUAGAGUAUUAAUUGAAUUCUUUGUAGAUGCUAGUUUUCUCUAUUGUACAGCUUUAAAUUGAUCGUAAAAAAUAAAAAAUCAUGAUUUUUAA